GAGGGAAAAAUGGAAGCUAUUGUUGUGUAUAUCGCAGGCAUGAACGCCUCGGCUGUAAAUAGACGGCUCCCCCUGCGUCUUGGUUGUGACUGGUCCUGUCAUGGCUGAGAGAGAGAAACAAGAAGCGAUGUGGAGGAAAAAGCUCGGAACAGUUCAAGCCAAUUAUAACAUUACUCACUGCCUCGCGCUCAGUCUCCAGGGGAGGUACCUUUUUUUUCAAAUAAACAAGACAAACCUCCCUCUCCGAUCCCGCUGACAUUAUUAUUAUUUUGUUUACAACACGACAACCGCAUUAACACCCUCGAGGUACCGCAUCGCCCAAUGAAAUCCAGGCAGACGACCCUCAUCUAAACCUGCAGCGGCAAGUGCAUGCUAUUCUCCGGCGACAACAGGACCGGGAUCCACUGAUGCGUUUCGCAGGUUACGUAAGUGCAAAAGAAGUUGGUUUGCAUGUGAGGACAAGUGUCUGCCGAGCCAACCAUGGCGAACAAUGUAGAAGAUAUCAAAAACAAUAUGGACGAGCAGGAGACCAAUGUGGCCUAUGAACCCACCCAGCAGCCACAGGAGGCUGCGGGGACCAGAGCCCGGUCCAGAGGAGGCUCAGGAGCUGGAGGAGGAGCUGGAGGAGGAGGAGGAGGAGGAGGAGGAGGAGGAGGAGGAGGAGGCGGCGAUGGUGGCGAUGGUGGAGGUGGCAAUAGUAGCGGCCCGGAGCAGAACGGACAGCCCCCCACUGCUACGCCUCCCCGUGUGGUGGAGACCGAGGAGGACGAGGAUGAAGAGUUGACCCUGAAAUACGGAGCGAAGCACGUCAUCAUGCUGUUCGUUCCCGUGACCCUCUGCAUGGUGGUGGUCGUGGCCACCAUAAAGUCCGUCAGCUUCUACACCCAGAAUGACGGCCACAGAUUGAUCUACACACCGUUCCCUGAAGACACAGACACGGUCGGAGAGAGAGCCCUCAACUCCAUCCUGAACGCCACCAUCAUGAUCACCGUGAUCAUCGUCAUGACUCUGGUGCUGGUGCUGUUGUACAAGUACCGCUGCUACAAGGUGAUCCAAGGCUGGCUCUUCCUCUCCUCCCUGCUCAUGCUGUUCUUCUUCUCCUACAUCUACCUCAAAGAGGUUUUCAAGACCUACAAUUUGGCGAUGGACUACUUCACCCUGGCGAUAAUAAUUUGGAACUUCGGAGUGGUGGGCAUGAUGUGUAUUCACUGGACAGGACCGCUGCGGCUCCAGCAGGCCUACCUCAUCAUGAUCAGCGCCCUCAUGGCCCUGGUUUUCAUCAAGUACCUGCCAGAGUGGACCGCCUGGCUCAUAUUAGCCGCCAUAUCCGUCUACGAUCUGUUAGCGGUGCUCUGUCCCAAAGGGCCUCUGAGGAUGCUGGUGGAGACGGCUCAGGAGAGGAACGAGCCCAUCUUUCCAGCUCUCAUCUACUCCUCUACAAUGGUGUGGAUCGUCAACAUGGCCGACACCGAAUGGCCACCAAAAAGGAACUCGACAGAAGCGGCGGCGCCUCAACAAGAAGCUCCAGAAGCCGUGGCGUCUCCGGCUCCCACCACUCUGUCGGACGACGGAGGCUUCAACCCGUCGUGGGUCAACCAGCAGCAGCACCAGCUGGGCCCGCUCCAGACCACCGACGAGACCAGACGGGAGGUCCAGGAGCUGCCCUCCGCUCGCCCUCCUGUUGAAGACGACGAUGAGGAGAGGGGCGUCAAGUUGGGCCUUGGAGACUUCAUCUUCUACAGCAUGCUGGUGGGAAAGGCCUCGGCCACAGCCAGCGGCGACUGGAACACCACGCUCGCCUGCUUCGUAGCCAUCCUCAUCGGCCUGUGUCUGACUCUGAUCCUCCUCGCCAUCUUCAAGAAAGCGCUCCCCGCUCUGCCCAUCUCCAUUUUUUUCGGCCUAGUCUUCUACUUCGCCACAGACAACUUGGUGCAGCCCUUCAUGGACAGGCUGGCGCUACACCAGUUCUACAUUUAGCCGGCCGCUGCCCUGAUAACCCUCACCCACAUAGCCCUCCGGCCAACAACACGACAGCCGGGGGAACAAAGGGCCCCUCCUAAGAACUCGCGAUGAUGGGGACACACAUUUUUGUUUUGCCUUUUUUUCUUUCCGGCGCCGAGGGAGGGUAUUGCCCACCACAGCUGUUCUUAGAUAUUUUAUUUCGGUUUUAAACCAAGAAGUGACAUUUCUCGCUCGGCCUGGGAAGUCAUCUUCAAACCGUCGAUCACCGGCCUCAAUCCAAACCGAGAAGUUAGUCGGAGUGUUUUACCUUUUUAUUUAUCUAGGGGAGCUUUCACAAGAGCUCGUCUGCUUCUUCUCAGCAGCACCCUGCAUCCCGUUCACACAGAAUCAUAUCUGGGAGUCGCCCAUCACAGCCCUCUACAACUGGGGCUUUACAGGUGCUCAGGGACACCUCGGUGGUAGCUGUUGAGCGUGGGGAGACCGUUUCAUUGAAUCUCCGUUCAAAGACUUUCAUCAAACAUCUUCAUUUUUUUUUUUUUUUCGACUUCUGAGCUGCCGCCGCCCUCCCCUCCCAAAACUAAACCCAAGAUUAAAAAGCCUUCGUCAAGCUAACGGACACUCUGCGAUGAUGUUGAUAAUAGAUCGGUAAAUGUGUAGUUUGAUUGUGUUUGAGCUGUCAGUCACCAGACGUGCUUUCCUCACCGCUGUUAAGAAUGGUUAAGACGUCUUUUGUUUUCCCACUUUGGACACAUGAGAACCGAAACUCUGAAGCCGGAGAGCGAUUCACACCCUGAAAGAUUUACACUGAGCGGGAUGUUUAGAGCGUGUGAAUCUUUCUCACGGGGGAAAAAGAGGACACGUUUAUCGUCUCUAGAGUUAAGAUACGAGUGUAAGUGUGACACUGACUUGUCACCGUGUUUCCCGCCGUUCAUUUUAUGUCAAAUCACAUUUGAAGUCGGAGCCUCGCAGAGGGAGGGAAGCUCCCACCAACACUCACACCUGAGACUUGCCUGCCGUGUCAGUCACGUACUGUCAGCCACUGAGCAGUUCUGCUGGAGCAGUCGUAGUUUCAGUGCCUUGCUCAAGGGCAUUUCAGUAGUAGUUGUUGUUGUUAUUGUUGUUGUGGGACAGAAAUGUGCUUUUCGUUCUGUUCCCUGACUGAGAUUUAAUUAGUUUUUGUUUUUCAGUCUGUCCAGGGAUUGUAACCUGUGAUCAUAUGGUCACGAGCUCUGAACCUUUAGGCUCUAGCUGCCCUCAUGACGCUCGCCUGGUGCUGUCUGGAACUAUGCUCCAUUCCAAGCUAUACACAGAUACCUGUUGUGUUUUUUUUCUAGAAAUGCAUAAGAGGGACUUUGUACUUUUUGAAACAUGAGUGUGAGUGUUAACGGGGUUCCUUCACAGAUCAGUAAAUUUGACAUAAAUGAUGUGCAUGUUUUGAGAUAAAGUCCUGAUGAAUGAGGAGCUGUAAAUCUAGUUUGAAAACAAUCUCCAGUUAUCAAGCAGUAUUUGCUUAAUUGUCUAUUUUAAUCAAGUUAAAAACAAAGCAAAAUGGUUAAAUAAUGGUUUUGUGAAAUAUUGAUAUGUGUAUGAACCCAAACUCUGGCUUCUCAUAUAUGAGACGAUGCAGAUGGAUGGAGGAGGACGAGCGGCGCUGGUUGCUCUUCAUGCUUUCAGAGAAGAAACCAGGAGGUUUAGUUUGCCCUGAAACUUUUUUGUUUUUGUUUUUAGGGAAUGUGUUGGGUGACUGGCUUUUUUCUGUCCUUCACAUGCAUAACGUGUGUUAUGCAAGGUUAUUGAAUUCAGAUUUUGUUUUUUAAAUAAAUAAUGAAAGUAGUACUCUU